AUGACAGUAGUCAAUGCAAUCAUCAAUACAUAUGCUGAGUUUCAGAAGAUCUGUGCUCAGGCAGUUCACAUCCUCCAGACAAUCAAUGUCACUCAGAAGUCAAAGAGCUUCAUCUCAGCCACAAAAUCCUCUACCAUAAAGAAAGCUUUGAGUGCUUGUUCAGAUAUUCAGUGCUACUACUGCAAGAAGAAAGACCACAUUGUUAGAAACUGCUCUGCAAAGCAGAAGUCUCAACAGAUGAUCACUGAGCUCACAGAGAAUGACACUUCUGAGCCUUCAGCAGAUUUGAAAAAAGAGUGA